UGUUACUCCAUCUCUCCUUUUCUUCCUCCUGCAGCCAUCUGCACUGCAUCUGAUUUUUCAGAAGACUAAACUGGGAAAAGACGUUCUGGCUCACAAUUGAGGAUGAAGUCUCACGUGGCUUUUCAUGUCACCUGUGUGACCCUGCUUUGGCUGUGCUGCAGUGUUCACGCCACUCCAUUGUUCUACAACAUAUCCAUGGAGGGCAGUGGUGAUGAAGCUGAGCUGGAGCUUCUUAUCCCAGUAUCUUUCUCCACUCGAGCACCUGUUCAUAUUACUGCUGUUACUGAACCUCCCACCCCAACCAACACUAUCACCAACACCAUCACCACCACCAUGAUCCGCCUGAAGGACUACGUUCUGACCCGAGUGGUGGACUUCCUACAAGAAAAUCUGCUCAUCAUCAUCGUAGUGACCUCUCUUCUCAUCGUUAUGGUGUUCAUCAUCUGCUGUGCCUCUGCUAUGAGUCACAAGCGAAAGCUGGAGGCUUACAAGCCUCCUCCUCAUCAACCCAGGAAGCAUAUGGCCAAUAAAACUGGAGGACGCAAGAAUUCGAAUGACCUUCAGGAGAGGCCAUAUGCCGUGGACCAUGUCAAGAGGGUCCAGAUUCAGAGCGUGGCCUCCUCCCCCAAGCACCUGCGCGUGCCCUCCAAGGCUCUGGUGGGAGAAAGGGGUCGAGACGUCAAGUCGUCACCCCGACAGGAAGUCAGGAAGGUCAGAGAUGUAGAAGAAGUGGAAAAGCGGAGAGAGGAACCUAAAUUUAAAGAGCAGGUGAAGCACAGGGAGGAGGUGCAGCAGAGCUUCACCCCCAGCACCAACUCCAGUCAGCCAGUCUGCACCUGCCAUCUGAAGAAAGCCCACCACUAGUGCAUGAUCUGAGCAAAAAGGCUAAAUAUCACACACACAGAAAUGUUUAAGUUAAGUCAUUCCUGCUAUUUAAGAACAUCCAUUGUUAAAAUAAUGUAAUCUAAACACACACACAAAAGAUACAGCAGACGAUAGAAAGCAAACUUCAGCUGUGUUUUAAGUCUACAAUCAGAUUAGUUGGCCAAGAAAAUUUAUUUUUUUCUCACAAGAAACUUAUAACAUGAAGAUAAAGAGUAGAGAGGAUCACUAUCUAAACAAGAAGUGUGAGGGUUGCUGUAUACAUUGUAAACAAAUACAAAGGAAACUUUAUGGAUAUACAUGGAUGGGGGGGGGUU